AUGUCAGGCAUUGCGCAGCCCAACCGCGCUGAUGAAGUGCAAAGCCUUCUGAAAGCAGUGGAAGACCUUCUCAUUCCCUUUAUCCGAUCUGCAGACGAGGAUCCCCACGGGUCCUUGACACAGAAGAAUGGCACGAACGGCACCAAUGGACACACUGGACACACUGGACUGGCUGGAACCUCGUUGGUAGAUUACAAGAAGCCCGAAGAACUGCGGGAUAUCCUUCAGCUCGAGAUCCCAGAGAAAGGCACCAAGCAGGAAGGUCUCAUUGACGUCUUGCAAAAGGUCCUGCAAUACUCGGUCAACACCUGGCACCAGGGCUUUUUGGACAAGCUGUAUGCGUCAACCAAUGCGCCCGGCGUGGCAGCAGAGCUCAUCCUCGCUACCUUGAACACCAACGUACACGUCUACCAAGUUUCGCCUGCGCUGACAGUCAUUGAGAAAUAUACCGGCGAGCGGUUGGCGAGCCUCUUCGGGCUGAACGGUCCACGGGCAGGAGGUAUUUCCGUGCAAGGCGGGUCCGCAUCGAACACCACCUCCAUUGUCAUUGCGCGCAACAACCUCUACCCGAGCACGAAAACAGACGGGAACGGCGGGUACAAGUUCGUGCUCUUCACGAGUGCGCACGGCCACUACAGCGUGGAAAAGGCGGCGCAGAUGCUCGGGUUCGGCAGCAGUGCCGUCUGGCCCGUUCCCGUUGACAAGGUUGGCCGCAUGAUCCCAGCCGAGCUUGAGAAACUGGUCCAGAAGGCGCAGAGCGAAGGCCGGACGCCGUUCUAUGUCAAUGCCACCGCAGGCACAACCGUCAUGGGCUCUUUCGACCCCUUCAACGAAAUCGCAGCCAUUUGCCAAAAAUACAACAUGUGGUUCCACAUCGACGGGUCAUGGGGCGGCUCGUUCGUCUUCUCCAAGCGCCAGAAGCAUAAGCUAGCCGGCGCAGAGAAAGCAAACAGUAUCGCCAUUAACCCGCACAAAAUGCUCGGCGUUCCGGUCACUUGCUCGUACUUGCUGGCCUCAGAUAUGCGCCAGUUCCACAAGGCCAACACUCUUCCCGCGGGGUAUCUUUUCCACAACGAAGACGACGAGCCUGCUACCAACGGCGACGCAGAUAACGGAACCGAGUUGGAAGUCGACUCGCCGGAGGUGUGGGACCUGGCAGACCUCACUCUCCAAUGCGGUCGACGUGCGGAUUCUUUGAAGCUGUUUUUGGGUUGGACAUACUACGGCAACGAGGGCUACCAGCAGCAGAUCGACUCGGCAUGCGACAUCGCCACGCACUUGGCUAACACCAUCGCGCAACAUCCCGAUUUCGUUCUUAUUAGCGAGAAUCCCCCGCCGUGCCUGCAGGUGUGCUUUUACUACGCCCCAGGCAAGGAGUUCGUGUACCCGCGCGGCAUUGUCUCAAAUGAGACACAGCGCGCCAAGAAUAACAGCAAGGUCACUGAGCAGGUGACGCAUGCGAUCGUGCCCAAGGGCUUCAUGGUGGACUUUGCACCUCCCAGUGGGGACGAGGAUGCGGCUGGGAAUGGGAAGUUUUUCCGGUGCGUGGUGAAUGUCCAGACGACACAGGAGACCGUCGAUUCGCUUGUCCGCGCCAUCGAAGAGGUGGGUCCUGGUAUUAUUGAGUCUUUGAAGGCGAGUAACUCGGCUGUUCCGCAUAAGCGGCUUGGUGAGCGUGGACACGGGCCUGUUGUCCAUCGCGCUUGA